AAGAAAUACCACUUUGCUGCGACAUUUGUAAAAGUUUUGCCAAGUUUAAUGAGCAGCUCGUUACAGAAUGUACACUUUCUUCUUAUUUAAAUUUUUUUCUUUUUCCAUUUUUUCAGAAAGUACCCGGCUCAUUCCCCAUCCCUUCAGGGGUCUUCCCCGGCCGCAUUAUUAGGGUUAAGGGCGACACCCCUUCCUGCGCCAAAAGGUUCGGGAUCAACUUGCAAUGUGGACCAAAGAUGUACCCUGGCGAAGACAUCGCCUUCCACUUCAACCCUCGCUUCACGCAGAACUGUGUUGUGCGCAACCACUACGAUUGUUCGAAGUGGGGCGUCGAGGAGAUCAGCGAUAGUCUGCCAAUGAAAAGCGGAGACUGUUUCGAAGCUCUCAUUUACUGUUACUACAACUUCUUUAAGGUCGAGGUGAAUGGAAAAUUUGUCUGCGAAUUCACCCAUCGCAUCCCCUACCGGAAGAUCACCCACAUCUUGGUGGACGGUGAUGUUACAGUGGAGGAGAUAGACUUCGCUGGUGGAAGCCCACCACAGGACCCGAACCUGCAAAUACCAUGCGUGUUGCCAAUUCCGAAGGGUAUGCACCCAGGUCGCAGGGUCAGAGUGAGGGGAGCGACUCCUCCUGGAGUUAAGAAGUUCUCGAUAAACCUCCAGUGCGGACCAAAACUGUACCCGGACGAGGAAAUAGCGUUCCAUUUCAGUCCACGUUUUGAGGAGAAUGCUGUAGUUCGGAACCACUACGCUUCCUCAAAGUGGGGAAAUGAAGAAAGAGAGGGUACCUUGUCACUGAAUAGCGGAGAAUCGUUCGAAGUAUUCAUUCAUUGCUAUCAAGAUUCUUAUAAGGUGUCGCUGAACGGAAAACCAAUCUGCGACUUCUUCCACCGCAUCUCCGUUGAUAAGGUUUCCCAUGUUAUGGUGGAUGGUGACGUUAUGGUCUUCGAGAUCGCCUUCGACCCUUCGGAAGACCCGUGUGCACCUCCAUCAUUUGGUUACUGAAGACCUGAAGGUCCCCCUAGCAAAAUAAAGAAAAGAUGCUGGUAAUCUUAUUAAUUUAUUUAAAUAUUACAUUUGAAUAUAACUCCUCCUAAACAAUUUUAAUAUUCGUGGGUCAAUCAUCAUUCAUCUUCAUCAUCUUCAUCUUAAUCACUCAUCAUCAAUCAUCAUGCAUCGUCAUCAUACAUAAUCAUCAACCUAAAACUGUCCCACUGCUGAGCAAAGGCCUCUUCUCACACGGAGAAGGUUUGAGCAUUAAUUACCACGCUUGCUCAAGGC